UAGAAAGAAAGAAAGGCCAAGGAGAAGAGCCAGUCGGGCGGCUGAAUUAAUCAAAUUAAAAGUACUUGGCCGUGCAAUUACGCAGAAUGCCGUUUGCCUUUUAAGUUGCAUAUUGUUCGGCGAUCGGAGGGAGGAGGAGUGCAAGCGGAGCGGACUGGAAAGGCGGAAAGGCGGAAAAGCGCGGAAAAACGGACGUUAAGCAGGCAAGGCAAGGCUAGGCGAGGCGAGGCGAGGCGAGGUGGAGAAGAAGUGCCACUGACAGUGGCAGUAAGUUACGGGCCAAGUUUCGCCGGAGUCGCCUUGUCGCUGGCCCAACUGGCAUAACUCAGAGCUGAUGAAAUAUGGAGCUGCUGCAGGCCCUCUGCUGUACGCUGCUCCUGCUUUUGGCCCGGAUGCAAGUUCUGCUUGCCGUCAGCUGGGAGGAUUGGUGGACAUACGACGGUAUCUCAGGUCCUGCCUUCUGGGGUCUCAUCAAUCCGGAGUGGUCGCUCUGCAACAAGGGUCGUCGCCAGUCGCCGGUCAAUCUGGAGCCACAGCGCCUGCUAUUCGAUCCCAACUUGAGGCCCAUGCACAUAGACAAGCACAGGAUAUCCGGACUGAUCACUAAUACGGGUCACAGCGUUAUCUUUACGGCCGGAAAUGACACGGUGGCCAACUAUGAUGGCAUGCAGACGCCGGUUAAUAUAUCCGGCGGACCGCUGUCGUACCGCUACCGCUUCCACGAGAUCCACAUGCACUACGGACUGAACGACCAAUUCGGAUCGGAGCACAGUGUCGAGGGCUACACGUUCCCGGCGGAGAUACAAAUAUUCGGCUACAACUCCCAGCUGUAUGCAAAUUUCUCAGAUGCCCUCAAUCGCGCCCAGGGCAUCGUCGGCGUCUCCAUUCUCCUGCAGCUGGGUGACCUCUCGAACCCAGAGCUGCGCAUGCUCACCGAUCAGCUGGAGCGCAUUCGGUAUGGCGGCGAUGAGGCUUUUGUCAAGCGACUCUCCAUUCGCGGUUUGCUUCCGGAUACGGAUCACUACAUGACCUACGAUGGAUCCACAACGGCACCAGCCUGCCACGAAACAGUCACUUGGGUGGUGCUCAACAAGCCCAUCUACAUCACAAAGCAACAGUUGCACGCCCUGCGCCGCCUGAUGCAGGGCAGCCCCGACCACCCGAAAGCCCCUCUGGGCAACAAUUACCGGCCGCCCCAGCCGCUGCUGCACCGGCCCAUCCGCACCAACAUUGAUUUCAAGACGACGAAGACGAACGGCAAGGCCGCCUGCCCCACCAUGUACCGCGAGGUCUACUAUAAAGCGACCAGUUGGAAACAGAACUAGAAGUCGGUGACGUGAUGACGUAACGUAACGUAUCGUAAGCGUAUGACGUAAGUAGCGAGCGGCGUGCAACAGGAGCUUCCACUAAACAUACAUAUAAGCAUGGCGAUGCCGAGGGGAAAGGACAAGGAAAGGAAGGAUUAAGAACAAGGAUGGGCAAGGAGCGAGGAGGAGGGAUAAGAACACAAAAGGAAUCAGUGCAGCAGUGGCCAAAGGGCGAUUGGAAAUACACACACAGACACACACACACUCAUAUAUAUAUAUAAAUAGGCAGAGCAUUAACAAAGGAAUAAUAUGGAUAGCGAUUACGAUUACCAUAACGAUAACGAUAACGAUAAUUAGCAUUAAAUGUGCAUUUUUUUGUCUCCCCCGAAAAUCAAUCAGACUGCAGAAUGCAGUCCGAGGUUACUCAUAUUUUUUUUUGUGUGUGCGUAGCGUAAGUACAAUAACGAUAACGAUAUCGAUAGCGAUGACUAGUAAACAUAAUUACCGACAUAACCAUUAACGUAAUCCAGAAAACCAAACACUAAUGUAUAUUUUAAGUUAGGCCUGACAACGUGAAAAGAUCAAAAAUUAUAUACAAAGUACGCGGAACGGCAAGCAUUAUGCAAAACCCACCCACAGUCCACGCCCAUAUUGGUGGAUAUACAUAUAAAAACCGUUUGUUUAUGCCCCCUAAAUGUGUAUAGAGCGGCCUCUGUUUGUGUUUGUGUGUGUGUUUAUGGACAUUAGGUAACAACAUUAACAAUAAUCAAGUGUUAAUCUCUAUGAGCAACGACAUCAGAGUGGAAAAACUUUACCACAUUUCUAUACAUUUUCAUUGCAAACAUUGCAUUUUCAUUUAUUCCUCGUAUUUUCAGGCCUUAAUCCCACACUUUAAACACAUUUUUAUAUAUUCUGGUCAACUAAAAAUGCAUUGUACUAAAAAAUAAAUAUGAAUAUUUACCUUUGGCCAACAGAAACAGAAAUUAUAAGCGGGCUUAAUUUUUUCCCACAUUCAGUUUUCGCUAAGCUAAUAAUUUGAGUGUCUAAAAACAAAUCGUAAAUAUUUAUUUUGAAAUUUUAUCAGCAAAAAGAAAAAAAAACCCCGUGACGAACUACAAAUUUAUUAACCCCUUUUAUGGGGUCACAAAAAAGGUCCCCCUUGGGGGAUGUACAGGCAGCGAGGGCUUAAAAUAGCUGCACAUUUAAUUGCAAUUUUAAAAUUAUGAAUUUGGGCAUUUUUAAUACGUAAUCCCGAUGUGGAGGCCCCGCCAACGUUGCAGUUUCGCCGCAAAUGCGUGCAUUUUGCAUUUUAAAUGCACUUGACCGCAGCAUCCACUGCCAUCCGCCGUCAGUUCCCCACCGGCGGCUUGUGUAACCCUGGGACCUUAUCGAAACCAACUUACCCGACACUCUCCACCACCCAACAUGCAACACCCAUAGAACACCCAUGGAACACCCGGGGAUGUCGGGCUGUCGCUUAUCGAACGGCAAAUGCAACAUGAAACCACAAAAUCUGUUGCGGUUAUUUAAAAUCACGUUUAAAUACGAAAGUGCUGGCUGUCUCUCGCUUCGGUUGGGUUUUUGGCCAGCAUAAAAAUCAACUUUUUAAUGGCCGAAAGGAAAAUGAUUACGUAUACGCCGCGUGGCCAUGGUACAUAACCGAAAACUGGCCAAAGCUUUAUAACUUUUUCCUCUCCUGACUGACUAGCUGGUCUGCUCUGACCAAUUCGCUACUAAAUACCCCUCGCAAAAUCACAUAAUAAUUUGUAUAAACAUUCGCAUUAUUUGCCCAAGUUGACAUUUUUGCCGUCGUCGUUGUUUUUGUUCUCCGGCAUUCGACUGAAACUUUUCCAGCUCUUUGUUUCAUUUAGUUUCAGUUUUUGCAUUGUGCAUUGGUUUUUGUUUUACCUACUUUUUGUUUUGCUUUUGGUUGUGCAUCGAGGGAUUUGCCAAUGGGAAAUUAUGACUUAAAUUAAUACAUGGCAAGUGUAAUUUAUUUGAGAGAAUCGACCAGCAGCUGCUGCCCUCGGAGGAUACCCUGUACGCUUUUGGGGUCAUUAAGAUGUGGGUUGAGUUUUUGGAAUCAGCAAAAGGGUGACCAUUUUUUGGGUAUAUUUUUAUAGAACUUAUUUAAAGAGAUUUGAGAGAGAUUUGGGCUUACACCUCUCCGCAUCAGCACCUUUUCUUAAGCUCCCCUACUUACAGAGUAUCUGUGAGAACCAUCAGUUAGCUAGUGACCUAAUUAGCCUGGCCAGGGAAUAGCCUGGUCCAUCAGUUUAUAUCCAGCAAACUCAAUUCCAACUUUGGCUGACUUUCAAUCAAUCAAAUGGUUUGGGCGAGGCGGGGCAACUCUGGCCAAACUGAUUUGCGGUGAGUUCUGCACGAAGUUAUGCUGCACAAGUGGGCGAGGCGGGUGGCAGAUUGGGCAGAGGGGGGGGUGGCGUGGCAUGACGUGGAGGCGUGGCUGACCACUGGAUCUGGCCAGACGGGGCUAACCCGACACAUAUAUUGGCAGGCAGUGAGCGGUCGACAACCGCAGACUCCGAAUGGAUGCAAAGUGCAGGUAGAGCAGCAGUGGCUUCGAAUUAACUUAUUUUAUUUUGGCCACCAAAGGUUUUAGGCAACUUUAAUACACUUGUUUCACUACCCUGAAAAAGGUAUAGCUUUGUACAGGGUAUCAGUGUUUUUAUAAAGUAAAAGCAAACAUUUUAUCGACGCCAUAAAAAUUGCGGUGGGAAAAUUUAUAUAUGGGGCAGGAGUUCUUCUUUUUACUUCAUUUUAUUUCCAUGCAUAUGCUCUAUGGGAUUGCAGUUGGCCAUUUGGGCUAUUGGCCAUUUCGGUGAUUAUUUUUAAUACAUUGAAGUUGUGGGUGGUGUGGCGUGGUGGGUGGUGUGUAUUUCAGACUCGGAUAAAAGACUACAUCGAUCAUGACAGUCCGGGCGAGAGCAAAGCCAUUCAGAACAGACCUGCAAAUAUUGCAAUUUGACAAAGUGACAAAUUCGCUGCCAUUCAUUUUACUGAGGGUGUGGAGGGCUUUGAAUAAUGAUGAGGGUCGACUGUGCAGUGUCCUGUAAAAAAAAACACAGCUGAAUGGGUUUUAAAUUCAAUAUAAUAGAGACUUAAAGAUCUAAAAGAGUGACUAUGAAAUGAGCUGCUUGAAAUGGGAAAAUCAUUCUUAAUCAUGUCUAAAAAAUAUAUUUCCCAUAAAACGUUUGUCAAAUUACCUUCCACCAAUCACUCCCAGCUAAAAAGCAGAAAUAUUUUCCAUGAAUUCGCAAUUUUUCCAUUAUCUAAUUCCACGUUUUUCCCUAUCCACCAAAUGCUGGGCACAAAAAAUGUGUAAAAAGUUGCAAUAUUUUUAUGAGCAGCCAUCAAACGCCCUGAAAAUGCAGUGUCAGCGGGUUAAGGCGACAGUGGAAUUCAGCAAUCAGAUAAAUGGGAGAGAGAGAGCUUGUGAUGUAACAGCAUUCUAAUAUAAUAGAUAGUUAGUAAGUUCGCAACAGAUCUGACUUCCUCGAGGCAUUAUCAUAUCUCGUUAUUGUUUUCAAAACCCGAAUCGAACCGGAACACCCGGCAGAUGAGCAGAUGAGAAGAUGAGCAGAUGAGCAAGGCCAAACCACUAUACACCCUGACUGGUUAUGCAAAUUGCCCGAAGAACAGAGGGUGGCCAAUCCCCUAUCCCUGCCCGCCCAACCACAAUAGCCAACCCCAAAACCCACCCGAACUUUAAAUAACACACCCAACACACCCUUUGGGGCUAUCGCUGCUGUCCACACAAGACUAAUUAAAUUAUGGAAAUUAAAUUGAAUCGAGCAUAUUUGUUGUUUGCAGUUCAUAAAUUUGCGCUGCUAAAAUGUCCGGAGCAGCUAAUGUUCCGCCCCUUCGGCCGUGACGCCAUGUAAAUCAUUUCACAAUAAAACGCAUAGCACAGCAGCAGCAGCAACAGCACAGCAGCAACAUGCACGGCAGCAACACACUUAAUUAUGACAUCAUUAAUUUUUAAUAAUGACAAUUUUGCGACAAUAAAUCACUUAACUAACACAAAUGCGACCGACCAGCAAUAUGCAUGAAAUUAGUAAACUUUAAACAAUGCCAUCAGUGUGCCUGUGUGUUCGUGUUCAUUGAGGGGGUGUUAAGGAUUGCAUCAGUGGGUUAAGUUGGGUUGGAUAAGCAAAUAAACAGAUUGACUGUCCCC